GGCGUGUUCGUAUUAAGUGCGUGCUUGCAUCCACAUUAUUUUAUUCCAGACAUUCAUGUUCAUGCACCCUGAUGUGUAUCUGCCGAUUCUGCAUUUGCUGUAUUAGCAGGGUGCACGGCAAAGUCUCAGACAGAAGAAAACUACAAGACUUAUCUCUGUCACACAGCUUCUGGCCGAGCCAUCUGACUGCUGGUUUAUCUGCUCUGAUGCACACCCUCUCACUGGGAAAGUGUCACUCCGCCCCCUCCUCCACCUCCUCAUUCCUGCUGACUCCCUGCUCGCUGUCCUCUCUCGCCUCGUCGUCUUACCCCUGUCUGGAUGCCAGUAGCUGCUAGUCAUGGAGGAUGCAACAGUCACACACGAUGCAGAACCGUUAGUAACCAUACCUUUAACAUCAGCAUCAGAGGAAGAAGGGGAAAAAGUGGGGGUGUUCACCGCACCUUCAACAUCUGUAUUACAAGAGCAAGAAGGGGAAAAACUGGGGGUUUCCAGCGUACCUUCAGCAUCAGCAUCAGAAGAGGAAGAAGGGGAAGAAGUGGGGGUGCUCACCACAGACUCAGCAAUAGCAUUUCAAGCGAAGGAAGUGGGGCGGGUCACCACAGGAAAUGAAGAUAAUUGGGGGUCAAACAAAGCCCCUGCUGCGUUGGAACCAGUAGUGACGCAGCCCGGCCUUGGCAUCACCAAAACCACCAUCACCACCAUCACGCAGACUGGAGGGGACUGGAGCACUGGCCUGCUUGAUGUCUGCAGAGACAAGACAACAUGUAUUCUCGGGGCUCUCGUGCCGUGCUGUUUAGACCUGAGUUUAGCUCACCAAUACGGGGAGUGUCUGUGCAUGCCUCUACUACCAGGAUCCACUUUUGCCAUACGAGUUGGGAUCAGAGAGCGCUACAAGAUACGGGGAAGUGUGUGUGAGGACUGGACUACAGUGUAUUGCUGUUACCCUCUGGCUGUAUGUCAGAUGAUAAGAGAAAUGAAGCGGAGGAUGAAGACUCAGACAUAUCAUGUGUCUACUACACUCGAAUGCUCCUAAAGAAACAGCGAAUGAGAUCUUUUUUUUUCUUUUUUUCAAUUUAUCAUAAAUGUGUGAAGACCAGCAGAGAUUACUGGUAUGAACAAUAGGAUGAAUCAUUACUCUGAGGUUUGAACUUGCCUCUGAGGGCUUCUUGAAUAAUAAAAAACAAGCCUGUGAUACAAAUACUUAAAAGUGAUAGAAAAGGGAAAACUUAAAGUAAUGGCAUAAACUGUGUUAAAGGUACAGCUGUAAGACGUGAACCAACAGAGAUGAGUUUCUUGCCUUUGUUCAAUUGCAGAUAUUUUUAAAUGUAGUUAGUUCAAAGAUCAUUAAAAGCUAUUAAAUCUGGAUUAAUGCAUAUAGAAUAUUGCAGAGCAGUUUUUUUAUGAAGGUAUUGGUCUGAUUAAUUAUAUUUGAAAGAUCAGCUUAACCAACUUUUUACUGCAGCAUUAAAUUCCAGCACUUAUAACUCUUAACUUAUCUAUAAUUUUGGUUUUAGAAACAGCCUGGGUUAACUUAUGUGACUGAGGUAACUGCGUGCCAUUUUACAUAAUGAAAAAUUAGAAAGACUCAAGUAAGUUUAGCUUAUUACAAUGCCUGUAACCGACACCACUGAAGCCGCUAUUCUUCCUGGGGUGCAGAAUAAAAUGUUAUAUUGUGACAAUACAUCAUGACACCUUGCAUCACACAGACACAUUUAACAAAUCAAUAACUAAAACACACACAGACACAAGAUGAGCUCCUUACAGUUAAAAAAAAGGUUGUGUGAUCGCAUAAGGAAUUUGUACUUAAUAUUGGGGAAACUUUAAUAAUGGAGAACAACACAACACAUCAAAACAAACUAAAACACAUUCAUUUAAAAAAACUAAAUAUAUUCCUUCUCUUUUCGAGUUUUACUUUUUAAUUUUAUAUGUAUAUAUAUAUAUAUAUAUAUAUAUAUAUCUAAGGGAAUUUUACUGUUUACUGGUGUUGGCACUAAGUACCAGCCCUGCACAGGUUGGCACAUAACAGACUGAAUUUGUUUUUGACAAUGUAGCGUUUCCUCAUGUGGCCGGUCUGUUAGUGCAUAAUCAUGUCUGUCUAAACUGAAAGAUGAUUUUAUACAAGAUUAAUAUAAUGUUUGUAAUCAAUACAUUCAUUGACUAUAGUAAUAUAUUCUUACAUGUAACCAGUCUAGACUUUUGAACAUUGUUCCAGUGGUUGUUCUACUCACAACAAAGCUUAACACGGUCUGCUAUGUUUUGUACCUUUUGCAAUUUCUUGAUGUAGUUUUAAACCUUAUUGCUGGGCAAUAAUGAAGAUGAAAGCACAGACUCCAUAUAAAAGAUGGGUUUGAACAUGAAGUCACCCUCUGGUGAGUGCAGUAAAAUUGUGAAGCUUCAAACUGAGUGUUUUUGUUGUUUUUUUGCUUUUACUGUCUUCGUGUUUUGAAACCAGAUAUGACUGGUGGUUGAUGUAAGUAUGUAAAAUGCAAUUUUACUGCAUUUUA